AUGACGACUAAAGAUGAGAAUGAUGACAAAUUACCCGCAAUCGAAUUUCCUACAACAACAAUGGGUCGUACAAAACGACUGCUUUCGCAAAUACCAUUGCCGUCCAACGGGUUAAUUCUCCGACAAUUACCUGGCGGCAAUGUCACAAUCGGUCCUGUAAGAAAGAGACGCACUGCCUCGGAACAAUUCAAUACACUUGAUCGUGUAAUGCAAUUAAACGCUAGUCCAGUUCUAGCAGCGGCUGCUGCUACGCCUGGAUUACACAAAGAAAACUGGCAACAACGACGUUACAAUUUCCUCAGUAAAUAUAGUAUGUUUGGUGGAGAGUUGAAAGAGGAAGUUACGGAUCAAAUCGGUGGAAAUGAACAAGGCACCGAUAUUGAACAUAAGCCGAUUAUUCCAACAUCACAACUCGUCAAAGCUGGAAGUCUCGACUCGGAAGCGUUAAACGUCAAACGUGAAUCAAUUUUAGGAAUGGCCGUGACUGGCGUUCGUAAUUUACUUUCCACAGAUGAAGUGCUACGUACGAAAUCGAUGCUUGCAUCGAGCUCAUAUGAUGAGGAAGAUGAUGAAGAUGAAUUAGCAGAUAAAUCAAGUGUGUCUUUGAAAAACAUUGUGCUAUUGAAUAGAAAUCAACAACAAGAGCAAAUAUCUGCGACGCCAUCUAGUACACUUGAUGAGCAGGAUCAAGUUGAUUCGCAUCCAUGUGCUGAAUCAGCACAAGCGAAUAAUGACGUAGUGCCAACUGCGACUGUCGUGACAGGACGAGCAAAUCCAUUCAAUGCGUUUUUUUCACGUUUUUCUCGUAAAAAUCGUCAAUCAAGAUUAGCCCAACAGAAAAAACUCCUCGAAAUUCAAGAAUCUUAUCGUUCUCAUCGUCCAUAUUUUACAUACUGGGUGACAUUCGUUCAAGUUCUUGUGUGCGUGAUUUCUUUAAUCGUAUAUGGCUACGCCCCAUUAUCACUAUCACAAUCGAACAAUUCGUCCAUUUUCGAACAACAACGAUUUGAUUUAACAAUAAACCCAUGGUUCGGACCGCAUCCCGCUGAUUUAAUUCGACUAGGAGCAAAAUAUACCCCAUGCAUUCGCUCGCAUGACGAAGUCAAAAGCCGAUAUGAAAAUCAAGCUCGAUUAGAAGCUAUGUCCGGAUGUUGUAUUGACACAAGCACUGGACGUUGUAUGCAAACACUAUCCCAACAAUGUCUGUCACGAACUAGCUUAACUUGGUAUCGAACAGCAUUGAAAAGCAAUAAUUCGUAUGAGCAGCGAAAUAUGAUUUAUCCAGCUGUUUGUGGAUUGACACCAGAAACUUGUACAAAGAAGGUUUUUGGAAAUAUGCCAAGAGAAGACGACAGCACGUGGCCAUCAACAAUCGUCAACUCGAAAGUAUUGAAAUGGUCUCCAUCGGCUGUGAAAUGGCCAAUCUGUCUCCAACAAAAUUAUGACCGAAUUGCCAACAAUAUAUCACUAUAUCCACAUAUGGACUGCGUGAAUAUCGCGAGACCAUGCUGUACGGGAGUGUUGGGCGAUUGUAUACUGACAUCCGAAGAAGAUUGUCGUCGUCGACGAGGAAUAUUUCAUUCUCGAGCUCAUUUAUGCUCCCAAGUCGAUUGUAUUCAAAGUGUUUGCGGUAUGCUGGAAUUUUUCGUAGCACGACUACCUGAUCAAGUUUACCGUUUUUGGACAGUUAUUUUCAUUCAUGCCGGUUUGAUUCAUUUACUGAUUACCAUUAUAUUUCAAUACACGAUCAUGCGUCCACUGGAAAAGCUUGCCGGUUGCGUUCGUGUGAUGAUCAUCUACAUAGUUUCGGGUUUUGUUGGAAGCUUAGCGAGUGCUCUGUUUCUACGUGACACGAUACAAGUCGGACCAGGUGGUGGUCAAUUCGCUAUUCUCGCUUGUUAUCUAAGCGAAUUAUUUCUUGGCUGGCGUUCGUUAAAACGUCCUUGGAUACCAUUUUUCAAAAUUAUUAUCUGUCUUUUCCUGUUAUUUGCUGUCGGCCUAUUUCCAUUAGUUGACAACUAUGCCCAGUGUUUUGGUUUUCUUAUUGGUUUCCUGCUAAAUAUGAUCGUUUUCCCUGAUGUUAAUUACAAAAAAAAUGUUCGCCAUCUCGUAGUUGUAACAACAGCAUUAGCAACGACGAUUGCCUUGUUCAUUGUCUUAAUUACAUUAUUCUAUACAGUUCCAUUCAAAUGUGCAUCUUGUAAAGUCUUCAGUUGUCCGUUUGGGGAAAUCUGCAAUUCGGAAAAUAAUGCGAUUUGA